AUGUCGACACACGAAAGCAAGAAAAAGUCUUCAUCUCCGAAGCAUUCCAAAAGAGAACAUCAAGCUGACAAGGAUUCAGAUGAUAUUCCUAUAGAAGAGGUUCACACAGUCAAUAAUUGGGAGCAAGCUGAUCUUGGUGAUAAUCAAAGAAAAGAAAAAUUUCUUCGCUUAAUGGGUGCAAAGAAACGUAAGGAAGAUAUUCAAACCGAAAGACAAGAUUCUCAUGGUAGCAAUCAUAGUGAUGAAGGUUCCGCCGAAAAGAAACAUUGUCGUUCAAAAGCCGAAAAUGAAUCAAUUGAACGUGAAUUAGAAAAACAAUUUAAUGAAGGUUUACAAGCAAAAAUUACACAUGCACAUCAUGAAGGUCUUGGUUUUCAUGGCGAAAGUACUGGUUUGACAUCAAGUGCAGGCGAUUGGCAUAGUCAAUCAACGAAAACAAAAUUUGUACCAGCUAAAACCGAUGGUGGAUCAUCAUUAGAUCAUGUUCAAAUAGAGAAUAAAGAGAAAUCAGAUACUAAACAACAAGACAAAACAAGUGAAAAACAAGACAAAAAUAAAAAAUCGAAAUCAUAA